GAGCCGGGGAGGGAAUAGGGCGAUUGGAAGAAGGACGCCGAGGGAUAGAGAGCCAGGCGGCGACGGCGGUGGCGGAGGGGAAGCGGGAGCAGCAGGGACGAAGACGUCGCGGGGUGCGGGCGGGGCAGCGGGGAUGCUGCUGCCAGCAGGCUGCAGGCGCCGUACGGUUCCAGAGCGGCUGGGCUUGCUGUCCGCGGCGCGCAGCUGAGGCUCGGUGCCCCUGCAGUGCCCUCCGUGCAGGAUUCUGCCUGCGCCGAGUAGGGCUCGGGCAUGAAGGCGAGUCCGGAGCCAGAGAAGCAGCAGCCGGAGCAGCAGCAGCAGCAGCAGGAGGGCCAGGUGCCUGCGGCUGUGGCGGGUAAAGAGCCCAAUCCGCGCUGGGCAAGGGACGGCAGCCGGAGCGAGGCGACGGAGGCGGAGCGGCUGCGCACCCGGGAGCGGUUGGAGGCCACACUCGCCGGGCUGGCCGAAUUGGAAUUCCUGCGCCAGCGCCAGGAGCUGCGCGUCAAGCGGUUACUGGCCGCCGCGCCCUCGGCUUCCCUGCCCGGGAUCUGCUCAGGGGAAACGCCGAGAGCCGCAGCAGGAGCCGGGAUCCCGCCGCGCACCUUAGAAGAGAAGUUCCUGGAGGAGAACAUCCUACUUCUGCGGAGGCAGCUGAACUGCUUAAGAAGAAGAGAUGCUGGCUUAUUAAACCAAUUGCAAGAACUGGACAAACAGAUCAGUGAUUUGAGGCUGGAUGUUGAAAAGACAGCAGAUGAACACCUUGACAUGGAUAGCCGUCCCAGUUCAGGGUUUUAUGAGCUGAGUGAUGGGGCUUCUGGAUCUCUCUCCAACUCGUCCAACUCUGUUUUCAGUGAAUGUUUAUCCAGUUGUCACUCUAGUACUUGCUUCUGCAGCUCUUUGGAUGCAUCCUUGAGUGGCUCUGAUGGACGGCCCAAGUCGGCAGAUUUCAUCAGCUGGCUGGAGCAAAACAAAGGAAUCCAACAAAAUGACCAAGCAGGGAUGGCCUCUCCACCAAUGCCACACACAGAUUCUUUUGACAUUGUUGCAGAUGUACAUCCAAAAUAUCAGUGCGAUCUGGUGUCUAAAAACGGAAAUGAUGUGUACCGUUAUCCCAGCCCUUUACACGCUGUUGCAGUGCAGAGCCCCAUGUUUCUUCUGCCGGUGACCAGUUGUCCCCCAAGAGAAGAAGUAGAAAGAACCAGUGACAAUGCUGUUGAUGUUGGACUGGAACCCAACUCGGAAAAAACAGUGGAUUCUUGUCUUUCACACACUUCUCGUUCUCCAUCCUGUCCUUUGCCCAGCAGAAAAAUGGAUGGAUAUAUUUUAAGCCUUGUGCAAAAAAAGGCUCCUUCGGUGAGGACUAAUAAACCAAGAACGAAUCUGAAUGCAGAUCUGGCCAAGGGGAUUUUGAGACAUGGGAGCUUGUGUCUUCGGCAGAUGGCCAGUGCUGCGCCUAGCAAUACCACUAAUAUUAAGAAUCUCAGUCAGCCACUUUCACAUUCCAGUGGAACCACUCUCACCCUAGACAACAGUGCCUUUUCUCCCAUAAAGCAGAAUUCAAAGGACGUAGAGCAUACGGAGUUAAAAAAGAUACCUGCACCUGCUGUUUUCCCACCAAAUGCUAAUAAUGAUCAAAGCAAGCCCUCAGUGAAGAAUGUCAAAACUCAAGAAGUGAUGCGAUCCCCUGUGACUAAGAGUGAUGCUCCCAAGGAAAGUGGCCAAUUCUUUUUGAUAUGUCCUAAAGAAAGCCCAGGCCAGCACAUAACACCCUUGAAAGAAAAGAAAGCUGUCCAGCUUCCCAAAAAGCUAUCAUUUAAAAGUAGUGGGACGCAGUCGGCUUGCUCUGUUUUGUCAGGCCAGGAGAGCAGACCAUUGGUGGAACUUAAGAGUGAGGGGUCGUCAUCCCAGAGUCUGGAGGAGGGAUUGCUGGUGAAUGCCCAAUUCAUACCGGCUCAGCCACAAACAGUCAGACUUCACAAAGGCACCAGGAGUGUCAAAAUUCUCAAAGGUUCUAUGGUGAAACACAGAUCUCAUCUGGUCACAGUGCUGGAAAACGGCCCUCAGGCUGGACGGGAGAGGCCCAAACCUGUGGGCAAAAAGUGUCACUUCCUGGAUGAAUUGGAUCCAAAUAAGAAGCCAAAAAAGACCACUUUGAGAGGGAAGAAAGGUCUCCACCUUCAGCCAGAUGCCAACCAUCCAAGUCGGCAGCCAGGCGUACUCAAGUCUGUGCUGAGGCCCCAUGGACAUAGCAGAGAACCAGUAGUUGCUAAACCCAAGCACAAGCGAGCAGAUUACCGACGCUGGAAACUCUCUACAGAGGUAUCUUAUGAAGAUGCCCUUAGGCGGGCCAGGAGGAACAGGAGAGAAGCAAUAGGAGUCUACUCACAGGUUCCGCAUCCUUAUAUUAGCCCCUAUGCCUAUGUUGCUAGUGACUCGGAAUAUUCGGCUGAAUGUGAAUCCCUCUUCCACUCCACUGUAGUGGACACCAGCGAGGAUGAAAGGAGCAACUAUACCACCAACUGCUUUGGGGACAGCGAGUCCAGCUUAAGUGGAGUGGAGUUUGUUGGUGAAAGCACAACAACCAGUGACUCAGAGGAAAGCGGGGGCCUCCUUUGGUCCCAGUUUGUUCAGACACUUCCCAUCCAGGCAGUGGCUGCUGCUUCGGAGCUCCAUGAAAACGCAGCCAAAGCCUUUGUUAAGAUUAAAGCAUCCCAUAACCUUAAGAAGAAAAUCCUUCGCUUUCGGUCCGGCUCUCUCAAACUGAUGACUACUGUCUAAAACGGAUAUGAAAAGCAAAUGAUAGCAGCAUUUUGGCCUCUUGGCGAGACGUAUAUGUGUAAGGGAAGUGAGUGUCAGGAUUCUGGCGAGUCUUGGGGACAUUUUUUCGGGACUUGGGAGCUAUGCAGCAGUGCUGACUCCAAGAGGGUCCUUCACCAGCUGUCAUUAGAAUUGCCUGCCUUAACAUCUCGAAGAGCAGAGCAAGCAACUUUUCUGUGACAGAGUGCACAUGUUUGUGUAUGUCUACUUUUUGGGCUGAGGACUAUAGAGGGAUGAAGCAAGUAAGGCAGGGCAAAUCCUGCAAGGUGAUAAUGUUGUGCCAUUUCAAGGUUUCCUAAUCUUUUCCAGCUUCAGAGGUUGAUAACCACUCUUAAGGCUAUGUAAGAUGAAGGAAUGACAAAAUUUUGGGGACAGGGCCAAACAUAGGAAGAUUCUUUUUUUGGGUGUGUGUGUGGAAUUCAAGACUUUGGGGGGGAAUUUUAAGAGAGAAAAUUAGGUGGAGUCAUCUAUUUUAGACAUUGAAACCUCCAAAAAGGGAAAGCCGACGUUAAAUAAUACCAUAAAACCGUGAUGGUGAGCCUAUGGCAUGUGUGCCACUUCCGGCACGCAGAGCCCUUUCUCCUGUUGUCCAUUGCUCCUCCGGGUUCUGGCACGCCGGCCAGCUGGUCUUCACCUGCGCUGGAGCACUGGAAACCGGAAGAGCAGCCACCAUGCAUGUGCCAUGAUGAUGAUCUUCCAGUUUCCAGCAUGCACAUGUGCACCGGCCAGCUGGUCUUUGCCUGCGCAUGUGCACCAGAAACUGGAAGACCAGGUGGCCAGAGCGCAUGCUCUCGCCGGAAACCUGAAGAGCAACUGCUCAGCAUGCGCAUGUCCACGCCGGGCAGCUGAUCUUUCGGUUUCCUGCGCAUGCACGUGUCUGUGCAUGCACGCCCCCGUUUCAACACUCAGUGCCGAAAAGUUUCACCAAUACUGCCAUAGAAUGAAAGCGUCUGUUUAGUUCAUUUUGUGGGAAUCUCGGGGACAACAUAAAACGUGUUGGGGGACUCCAUUUGAGCCAGGGUGUCUACCUCUGAUUUAAACUUUGAAAUAAUCCAUUAUAAUAACAGAACGUUGGGCAAAUUUAAUCUCCUUCUUCUGAUGCACCAUUUUUAGCAUGACAAGGGCUUGCUUUGGAGAAGGACAGACUCACUUCUUUUAAGUUUGCAGACUUCCCAUUCUCUCUUGCCUUGAGCAAUCAGGCAAGUGGCUAAUUACAAGACUGGUAUAAGCAGAGAACAGAAAGAAAAAUCUAUGGCAGCCUUUUCUAACCUGAUACCUUUAGUUUGGGGACUGUGAUUCCCAGAAUUCACAGCCACCAGAAAAGGCAGCAAUUCAGCCCAUUAGGGAAGGUUGCCUUAUGUAGACCUUUGGGGGAAUCUCUCUGGUGCUGCUGCUUUUGGUAAUCUGCCAAAACGGUCUUAUGAAGAUGUGACCAACACACAUCUGCCUAUAUAAACAAAACAAGGUGCUUCUUGUAAAUAAUUUUUCUAGAAUGCUUUUUGUAGGGCAGAUAUUUAAGUCUUAACGGACUGCUUAGUUAAUGUCACUUGAACCUCCGUAUUUUUGAGUCAACACUAGUGCCUUUUAAGUGGUGAGAACAAAAGCCACCGUGCUAGUUUUUACACAAAGGAUUAAGACACCAGUUUACUGCUUGGGCUGAUUAAGAUGCAGAGAAAUGAAGACUUGGACCAAAUGUUGAUUUAAAAACAGUGUUAGAAACAUCAGUGUGAAAAGAUGGUUAAAUGAAAUGCAGGAUACACAUUUUUUAAAUAAGCAAACUUGGUAAGCAUUGUGUUGAUUUAUGCAGCAUCACUGGUUAACACAGAAAAUCUCCGCUUCAGAUUUUCUCCAUCAUCCACAGACAUUUUAUAUUUACAAAAAAAGAGACUAUUUUCAAGAUUUCGCUUGACGCCUCCUUAUACGGUGAUUAAACUAGUUGUUCCUGUUGUUCAGCAUUGUCUAUUUUGAAUUAAAACUACCUUCAAGAGUCUUGAGCAGAGGUUUUCCUCAUUAUUUUCUCUUGCAUCAUUUUUAAAUGUAGAAGCAGGGAUUGAACUGCCUUCAAAAGGAGGAACCUCAGUACUGAGCCAUAACCACCUAAAGCUGCCUUGAAUUUAGAUAAUGAUCCAUCCAGCCCACUGCUCUAUGGCUUUUUCCAAUGUUACUUUCUGAAAUCCUGAAGAAGUUGGGAAUUUGGGGCAGUGGCUCUACCUCUUGAAUUAUUGUAUUCAUCUCUUACCAACAUGCACACGUUUUAGUAGUAUUGAAUACUAAAUUGGAUUAGGAGCAGAGGUGAAAUCCAACAGGUUCUGACAGGUUCUGGAGAACCGGUAGCGGAAAUUUUGAGUAGUUCAGAGAACCGGCAAAUACCACCUCUGGCUGGCCCCAGAGUGGGGUAAGGAUGGGGAUUUUGCAGUAUCCUUCCCCUGGAGUGGGGUGGGAAUGGAGAUUUUGCAGUAUUCUCCCGUUGCCAUGCCCACCAAGCCACGCCACACCCACAGAACCGGUAGUAAAAAAAUUUGGAUUUCACCCCUGAUUAGGAGGUGGCAAUCCAAAUAGUGAGAUGAGGGAAACAAAUGAUAUAAACUUCAAAAUCCUUUAGGAUUUACAGUAUAUGUGGUGGGAAACUCUGCCUUCUACCAUUUAAGCCUGCUUUGUUAAUCUUGUACAAGGUCAAGCACUUUGAAUAAGCAUCUUGAAUAAGCAUCUUUAAGUCCUUGACUUACGACCACAAUUGAUUUAACAACAAAUUUCUGUUGUUAAGUGAGACAUUUGUUAAGUGAGCUUUGUCCCAUUUUAUGACCUUUCUUGCCUCAGUUGUUAAGUGAAUCACUGCAGUUGAUAAGUUAGCAACAUGAUUGUUAAAUGAAUCUGGCUUCCCCAUUGACUUUGUCAGAAGGUUGCACAAGGUGAUGAUAUAACUCUGGGGCAUUUCAACUGUUGUAAAUACAAACCAAUUGUCAAGCAUCCAAAUUUUGAUCAUAUGACCAUGGGAAUACUGCAAAGGUAAUUAAGUCUGAAAAACAGUCAUGUCACUUUUUUCAGUGCCGUUGUAACUUCAGACGGUCACUAAAUGAACUGUUGUAUACACCUAAUUUUGCAUUCUUGAUGGGAAUUCUAGCAACUGAUGGAAAGAGAGUGACAGGCAGAUUGCAGUUUUUCAUUCGCAAUUUAAUCUGCUGGUUACUUUGAAACUACUUUGUGAUCAUAAGAACAUUUUCUAUACGUUUUUAUUUUUUAAGAAUAACUUCUAGCAUUCACAACCAAAAUGUAAAAACUGAAAAAGUGUUCAAAAUGAAACGCCAACCCCAAAAAACCACUGAAUCAGAAUAUUGGUAACUACUUGAAGUUUAGCAACAUUUCUUGAGUUUUGAUUCCAGUUGUAGCCAUGUUCAAGUGCUUGAACUUCUAAAAUGGAGACUUUUUAAAGGAAAUGCAAAUCUUGCCAAAUAUCAAUUUCUCAGAUGCUAUUUGUAUGCCAAGCUUUCAUACUCCAUCGCUGAAUAUGUUAAAACGUCAAAGAAAUGUGUUCAGUAUUUUGUAUUGUUUUGUAGUUCUGUACAUAAGUGAGGAUUUUAAAACAAUACUUCAAAUAAAGAGUAAAUAUUGCAAGUGGAGAGGCGGUUGAAAAAUAUAGUUUAGGGCUUCUUUUCCUUUGGUUGCUUUGUCCUGAACCAAACUAGACACCUGAGGCAAAAGUGCUCUUAGGACUGAGAUUUCUGCAGAAAAUAUAAACCUUGAACCUUUAGAUGCUUGGUGCCCUGGUGAAUUAUUAUAAUUAAAUUGUGGGAAUAAUAGUGAAUAGCAAUAUAUAGCCCAAUAAUUUUCAUUUCUGAAAACCUUGUAGAUCUUGCUAAUUCUUUUUCCUUCUUUACGAAUUCUUUGUUUAAGAAUAAAGAGUUAAAGUAAAUAAAGACAAUGUGAGAGGCCGAUGUGUAGUUUCGCAGGAUUUCAGUUUCUGGUUUAUUUUUAAUUUGGGGAAAAAAAAAACACCUUAAAACAAGCUGGGGCAAAGUGGCUGGAUGAUAAACCUAUAAGAGGUUCUUCUGCAUUGAGGUCAAGAUGGGGAAUUUUUCUGCGCAUCCCACUCAGUUAUAUCCAGUUCCAUUCCAUUUCCCUUCUAAUGUUAUAAUAAUACAAGAAUUUUGCUGGUCUGAACUAAAGGAUUAUCUAUUCUAGGAUCCUGUUUCCCACAGAAACCCAUCUGAUAAUUCUGGAAAGCUUGUUAGAAUAGCAGUAGGAUUCUCCCAUGUUCGCCAGCAAUGGAACUGAAAGGCCAGCUUACUCUGACUUGGAGGUGGAAGACAGACAUCAUGACUGACGGCUGUUGAUAGCUUUGUCCAUGAGAAAUUUACCCAGCACCUUUGUAAAACUAAUCCAUUUCAUCUGGUUAUGAUACAUUUCCUUUUGUUUUUCCUGAAUCUCCCACUUUUCAGUUUCUCAGGAAGAUCCUACAUUCCAACAUUUUAAUUUAAGAUGUCUCUCUUCUCUCAUAAGAGUUUUCGAAGCUACAAAUCCCAACUAUUAAAACUUUUCUUUGUAUGGGAGCACUUCCUACCCCUUGACCAUUUUGGUGGCCUUUUCUGCACCAUUUCCAGCUCACUAAUAUCUUUUUUGAGGUGCAAUAACCAGAAUUCAGUAUUCUAAAUGAACAAUUCAAUGGCAAUUGUCUGACACGUCUUUCUUUUGACUUUGGGGGGAAAUCCAAAAAGUCUCUAAGUAUAUUGUGUUGUUUUUUUUCCUUACAGUUUACACAAAUAUGCAUGUUAAAAGCAUGAGUGUCAGUUGUGUCCGUUUUUCUGUCUUGUGUCCAACAAUUGUACAUCAUUAAGCAGUGGUAUUUUAUAUCUCUAUAUGAAUCAUAUUGCUUUAUAAAUUAAUAUAAUGCAUUGAUAUGCUGUAAUAAACAUUUCCUUUUUUUAAAAUCC